AUGUUUUCAUUAUGUUUACCUAAAAACUCUUUCUAAUACUAAUAAUUACAUUUUUAACCCUCAACUAUACCAUAGAGCUAAACAGAUAAAAACAAACCUAGAGAAAACCUUUUUUAAAAAUAUAUGAAAAUUAGAUUGGCCAAAAUGGAAAUAAAAGAUUUAAAUAAAACUCAUAAUUAAACCUAUAGAGCUAAAACUAAUGUAAACCGAACCUUAUACCCUAUUUAAAAUGGAUAGUGUUAACUAAAAAAUAAAGUGAGAAGAUUUGUUACAUUAGCUGAAUUUCCAUAAUCAGCUAGAGCUGUCAUAAAGAAGACUUCAAACGUUAAAAGAAAACAGAGCGAAAAUUGGAACGAUUUAAAACAAUGGAAUUUUACAGAUGAUACAAUUUAAUAGUGA